AUGGAGGAUGCCAUGAGAUUGAUGAGGGGAAGAGGAACACAUGGAUGGAUGGAUGGAUGGAUGGAUGGAUGGAUGGAUGGAUGGAUGGAUGGAUGGAUGUAA